AUGGCCAAGUCGAAGAACUCAUCUCAGCACAACCAGAGCAAGAAGGCUCACCGUAACGGUAUCAAGAAGCCCAAGACCAACCGUUACCCCUCCUUGAAGGGUACCGACCCCAAGUUCCGACGAAACCACAGAUAUGCCCUGCACGGCACCAUGCGGGCUCUGAAGGAGAAGGCGGAGGGCAAGCGUGAGACGGUUUAG